AUGCCCGCCGUCGCCCUCUCCCCCGCCGCCCAGCAAAUGCACAACAUCCUUGAGCGUCUGCAAAGCCCCGACAACACCUCACGCGGCAUCGCUGAAAACGAGUACAACCAAGCCGUCGAACAGAAGGGCCUCUGUCUCGACGCCCUCUCCACCCUCGCCGCCUCGGUCGGUGUCAACGAAGUUGUCCGCGCCACGGCCGCCGUCUUGCUUCGUCGCAGCGCUUCAGACAUGUGGGGUGGCGCUGAUGAACUCACAAGGAACAACGUCAAGACACGCCUACUGCUGGGGAUUCGCGCCGACGGCCGCAAGGAUCUCAGGAAAAAGUUGUGCGACACCAUCGCCGAGAUCGGCGCACCGCUAGUCGAUCGCGAGCCCUCGCAAUGGCCAGAGCUCCUCCCCACUUUGUUCGAGCUCAGCAGGAGUUCUAUCGCUUAUGAGCGUGAGAGUGCCUUGUACGUUUUUUCCCAGCUCGCCGAUGUGCUUGACCAGAAGGUUUUUGCACCACAUCUCGCUACCUUGAAGAGCGCCUUCCAAACGGGACUGGCUGAUGCUGACCCAGGCGUCCAGAUGGCCGGUCUGAGGGCUACAUGUAGCCAGCUUAGCUUGUUGGAGAGUUAUCUGUGCAAUGAGUUUGUCGAUUUGGUUCCGCUCAUGAUUCGACCCGUGCAGCAGGCAGUCGCUGCGGGGAACGAUGACGAUGCGCGUCAGGCCAUUGAGUUGCUGAUUGAUGUUGUGGAAAGUGAGCCCAAGUUUUGGCGAAAGGAUCUGGCUGCCGUCUGCACCCUCAUGCUUAAUAUUGCCUCGAAUAAUGAUCUUAGCGAUGAAUCGAGUCCGCGCCAGAUGGCCCUCGAAUUUCUGGUUUCAGUCGCGGAGAAGCUCCCGUCGCAGUGCAGGAAGAUGGGCACUUUUGUCCGGAACGUCUUUCCAGUUAGCUUGCAGAUGAUGCUGUCGAGGGAGGAUGAUCAAGAAUGGUACAAGCAGGAGAUAGACGAGGAUACCUCGGAGUACACGCUUUUCGAUUGCGGUCAGGAGAGUUUGGAUCGCAUUGCUAUUGCAUUGGGGGGCAAGGCUGUGCUCCCCAUCGCUGAGGCUAUCAUCCCGUCAUUUUUGAACAAUGAGAGCUCAUGGGCGCAUCGUCACGCCGCCUUGCUGGCUAUCUCUCAGAUUGGAGAAGGCUGCCAAAAGCAGAUUGAAGCGAAGCUUGGUGACGUCAUUGACCUUGCACUCGCCAGAUUUAGAGACCCUCAUCCCCGCGUUCGUUGGGCAGCUAUUAAUUGUAUUGGACAGAUGUGUACCGAUUUUGGCCCUCGCAUCCAAACGGAUUUCCACCAGAAGAUUGUGUCGCAUUUGAUUCUUGUCAUGGACGAUGCCGGCAACCCACGCGUGCAGAGCCAUGCCGCCGCUGCUGUGAUCAACUUCUGUGAUGAAGCUACUCCCGACAUAAUUGCUCCUUAUCUUGAUGCAUUAUUGGGCAAGCUUCAAGCUCUGCUUCAUUCCCCGCAUCGUAUUACUCAAGAACAGGCUGUCACUGCCAUUGCGGCAGUAGCAGACUCUGCGGAAGAGCAGUUUGUCAAAUACUACGAUUGGUUUAUGCCUCGGCUCAAGCAAGUAUUAGCAUCAGCAGCCGGGAACAAGGAGCUAAGAAAGCUGCGGGGGAAGGUCAUGGAGUGCAUUUCGCUGGUGGGUCUGAGUGUCGGCCCCGCGAAAUUCGGUCCGGAUGCUGCUGAAGUAAUGAACAUGCUUGUUCGCACCGCUGCCACGCAAUCGGAAGACCCCGAAGACCCACAAGCGUUCUACUUGAUGCAAGCGUACGCACGGAUUUGCCGGUGCUUGAAGGGUGCUUUCAUUCAGUACUUGCCUCAUGUUAUGCCGGGUCUGCUGCAAGCCGCACAGCAAAAGCCUGAUAUUCAAGUCCGAGAUAUCAAGGAAGACGAAGAACCACCAGAGGAUCCAGCAGAUGGCUACGAAACAGUGCAAUUAGGGGACAAGAGGUUGAGCAUUAGAACGUCUGUACUUGAAGACAAAGCAGUUGCAUGCACUAUGCUUGCGUGCUUCAUUGCUGAACUGGGUGGUGGGUUCUAUGACUAUGUAGAACCAGUAACAGAACUCAUGGUUCCUCUACUGAAGUUUUUCUACCACGAUGAAUGCCGAACAGCUGCUGCUAAUGCGCUUCCAGAUCUUAUCAAAUGCGUUAUGGAGUCCGGAAAAGACCCAACAGGCGCGCAGGUUGUCCGCAUGGCGCAGUACAUGACUAUUCCACUCAUUGAUGCUAUCAAAGGAGAACCAGACGUCGAGGUCUUGGUCCACAUGGUGCAAGCACUUGGUCGUAUUGCUGAACUUGUCGUUGCCCCUGGGCUGUCCCCAGAUCUCAUGGUUCCGGCCGCGCAAGCUUUGUCAACUGUUCUCUUAGAGAGCGAAGCUCGUAACAUAGAACGCGAGCAGCUGGCAGAACAAGAAGAAUGGGACGAGGAGGCUCAAGAAGAUGCGGAGGGUGAUGAGCAGAAGGAGGAGGAACUUUUGGAAAAGGCGGCGACAACGACCGGAGCCCUGUUGAAGAAUCACUCAAAAUCUGGAUUUGUGCAGGCGUUCAGGAUGCCAAACAAGCUUGGUGAGGGAACUGAUGCAGUCUCAACGAUGCAAAUGUUUUGGGUUCGGAUGCAUGCAUCGCGACAGGCUUACGAGCGAUACGCUGCCUUGUGUGCGUUUGAUGAUCUCAUCAUGUAUGGUGGCGCUGAAGGCGUGAGUGUAAUCAGUGACACGCUUCCAGCAAUGAAAGCGUACUGCACGGAUCAGGAUGCUGAUGUGCGUCAAGCAGCUGCGUUCGGAGUGGGUAUCUGCGCGCAGGUGGGUGGGGAAGCUUUCAUGUCGUCGGCGGGUUCUGCUGUCGUACAUGACCUGGAGAAAGUGAUUCGGGAUCCGAAUGCACGAUCAGAGGUUGCAGUGCAGGCCUCAGACAAUGCUGUGUCAGCGCUGCUGAAAAUUAUGGAGUACCAACCUGCGUGUUUGGGCGACAAUGCCAUGUCUUACGGGAGAUUGAUACUGGAGUACUUACCGGCUGAGGCAGACACUGCUGAAGCGAAACUAAUGCACGCCACUCUGGUGCGAUUCGUACAAGCAGGGGACACAAGAAUAUUAGGGGAAAACGCGGCAAAUAUGCCGAGGAUUCUUUUUGUACUGUUGAGUGUGCUAGGGACGGAGUUGCUAGAAGAAUCGGCCACACGGCCAGCCGUUGAUGUGAUCAAGGGGUUAGAAUCGAAAUACCCAGUAGAAGUGCUACAAGGAGCGAUUGCUCUUCUUCCGGAUGAGCUGAAGCAAAAAAUGCAAAUGGUGCUCGCAGCUUAGGACUUACGAGAGCGCUGUCGCUCCUGAGCAACAACAUUUUCGGGAGGGAAGGUAACAACAUACGUUUUUCAACAGUUGUUGAAUAGGAGAACAGCAGUAAAAUGUAGAAAGAGAGGCUGAGGAUGCGUUCAAUUGGUUAGUCUCGCGGUAUAUUUUA